AUGUACUAUGAAUUGUUCGCCAUAGCGCGUAUUGCCGAUCCCGUGCAUACCAGUAAAGAAGCAGUUAAGAUUGUGUCCACCAUCGGAAAGUUGAUCCUCAACAAUAGAGGUGUCAUCAGAGAUAUAACCAGUUUGGGUGCCAGACCAUUGCCUAAAAUCAUGAGCAAAGAACAAGAAAAGCAUUUCCAAGGAUACCACUUCCUCAUGGGUUUCGACGUUUCGUCCAACGUGCAAGCACAACUUUUGAGAACAUUAAGAAGUGAUCCAAGAAUUUUGAGAGCCAACAUCCUCAAGCAACCAAUGACAAAAUCAUUAAACGUUGGCUCUUCCGUGCAACAAGCAUUAAACGCAGUUCAAAAGGUUUAG